AUUUAUUAGGAGGAAAUAGGAUCAUAUGUUGUUGAUUUGAUUCCAAUUUAUGAGAUACAAAUCUUAUUAGUUGAGCUGGUGAGUUCAGAAUUAUCUAAUAUCAAAUUUUAUAAAACAAAGAAAUAAUAUUAAAAAAAUUUCUUUAAUUUUUUAUUUUUAAUUUUGCUAGUGAUUCAACAUAGCUAUAAUUAAAUUAUUAAUUUGCGGGAGCCAACCCCACCUCCCCUUGUUCAACAACAUGAUGUCGGAUUCAAUCAAAUUACUCUAACGCUUAAACCCUUUUCCUCUUCCUAUUUUCCCAUCAUUUUCUCCGUCCCUCUUCCUCCUUUCUCCGGCUAAACUUCCGGCGGACGGCACUAGCUCCGGCGUGACGUCCGACUUUAAUUUGAUUAACUCUAAAACACUUAGCCGUUGAGUAGUGAGACAGCACCAACACCACCUUUCUUAGUUUCUCCGCCAUUGCUAAUCGCUUGUAUUUUUUCGGUGCAUUAAUGGAAACAUCAAGUGGGUAUCUGAAUUAUCAUCAAAAUCCCUCUUUUGGUUCUUCUAGAAGAGACGUCUCUUACAGCUGUGGCAGUUGUGGGUAUGAGUUAAAUCUUAAUUCAUCAAGUCGCAAUACUGCUUCCAUUGGGUCCAAGUAUGGGAAGUCCAUUAAGAAAGGGAUGAUCUCCUUCUUGUCCAUUGAUGAGAGCAGAUUUACCCAGGUUGAUGAAUUCAAGUGUGUACCGUUCUUUUUCUCCAAACGUUCUUGGGGCUUGUUCCAGCGGCGAACAAAACUUCAGUGCAGAAAAUGUGGUAACGAUAUUGGAAUUGCUUAUGAUGAUAGUGCUUCUUCUUACCCACUUGUAGCCGAUGCAUCAGAUACAGCCUCCGGUAGUGAAAUAACCACUCAUAGGAAAUACAAUAUCAAAAUCCGCUCGUUGCAACCGUCUUCCUCAGCAUCGGGUACCCAAGAAAGGACUAUUAACUGGACUUUUCAGCCAUUAUGGACCAUUAAAAGCCCAGUCCACACCCUACAGAUAGUGCAACAAGAUGGUGCACAAAUUCUAGCAUGAAAUUUGGAGUUUAUUCAGGUAGUUUUGAGUCGAGAGUACAUUGAAAAUCACUUUUCCACCUUCAUAAUUUAUUUGAGCCAUCACAUUAGUAUGUUGUUAUUUUGGUAUUAACAUAAUUGUUUGACCCCGUCUAUUGUACAAUUUGCACUAUUAUAUACUACAAUGGAAUGGAUUUCAUUCAA